CAAUUCUAUUCUAUUAUUGUGCAGAACUUAGUCACGACUGAAGUAAAUAAGGAUCCAUGGGAGUCCUGGGUGCAGUAGUCAGAAGAGGUGGGUCCUAGAUUCUAUUUAACAUAUUAAUAUUUGUUUUAGCUCAUAUUGCACGUGAAUUAGCAUUAAUCACAACAGUGAUCAGGGAAAUCAACUACUUCAUGGCAUCACUCUGUCUGACCAGGUAAGAGAUAGUGGAAGCUGUAGGGUGUCUCAGAUGGCUGCUGGUGUCUGAGGAGGACAAGGCCUGCAUGAAGACAGUUGUUGUUCUUGUGUAGAAAGUGUCCACCGACAGGACAGCUGUCUGUCCCUCUGCAGGUUCUGCAGCCCACUGGGAGGUUUGCAGUAAUUCCUCUUAGCGCCACCAGAGGGCGCGUCUUUAACUCCAGCACAAGCGCGUUUCCUUCCUCAGACCGGGACGAUGGAGGACAACUACCAGCACCCAGUUUUCUUUCAGUGUCCCAGCUUCAUCUCAGAACAGAAGAAGAGAAUAAUAGAACGUUAUUUCCGAGUUCGGCGCAGAUCAGGCGGAGGAGACUGCGGACCUUUAACAACAGCGGCUGUAAACGUCUACAGGAUCGCGUUCAGUCAUCAUCAAGAUCAACAGGAAGUUCUGAGGCGGUCCGAGCAUGUUGUGGAAGUCCAUGAUGGUCACCUGCUGUUCAGAGUCACCAACCAACCGCCACCUUCUCACCACGAUCACACCCAAACUCCAAACCCAGAAUCAGUUCCAGACUCAGCUGACGAGCUCUCAACUUCCUACCUGAAGGAACAUCCUGGUGCAGGACAUCUAGAGAAAGAGCUCGCCUCCUCCUGCUCUGCUCAGCUCCAGCCAGAGGAGGAGGCUUUAGUCGGGAGGGUAGCUCAGCUAGACAACGCUCUGAGCUGCUGUGAGAGAAAUCCACACACAGAUGUAGAGCAACAGGUCAGAGAUGAUGACACCACAUCAGGUCUGACCACCGGGGAACGUUCUCAGAUGGAAACAGGGAUGAUGGAUGUAGGAGAUGAACCGUGUUUCAGUGAGAACCAGUUCUGCUCUAAAACUAGUAGAGACACACCAGUGGGUGGAGAUCAAGUCAGACUGCAGGUCCAGGUGGAUUCUACUGACCCAGGAGCUUCUGCCGACGUUCCUAAGAGCAUCAGUGUUGAGAUUGUUCAAGGGACCAUCGAGACCCAACAGGUAGAUGCUUUGGUGUCUCCCAUGGUCGGCCGUUGUCCUCUCUCUACUGCUGUUGGAAACCGUUUGAACAAGAUGGUUAAUUAUCAGCUGGCUGUGAGGUUUAAACAGGAGUCCGGAUAUUUAUCAGAGCUGGGCGAGUCUGUUCUACUGCACGGAUUACCUGGACUUCCAUCUAAAGCCGUGUUUUUCCUCAACCUUGCUCCAUGGGAUGACGAUGAACACGGAGCUCCUGUCCAGGUUCUCAGAAUGGGCAUCAACAACAUCCUGACUUCCUGUGACGACAGAGGGUUUGAAUCUGUGGCGUUUCCUGUCCUCGGAGCCGGGAUCGCCCUGCGUUUUCCUGACAGCGUGGUUGCAAAGGUGUUGCUGGAGGAGAUUCGUGCAUUUGAACAGAACCGAACCAGCAGCUCAUCACUGGUGGUUCGGAUCGUCAUAUAUCCUGGUGAAGACGAGACUUCAGAGCUCUUCCAAUCAGUCCAGGCAUCUCUGACGUGUCAAGGAUUACCUGCAAAGGAGUGUCGACACCCAAGCCAAGAGUGUACCCCAAAGAGGAUCGUCCUGCUGGGAAAAACUGGCUCUGGGAAAAGUCACCUGGCCAGCACCAUAUUAGGACCAGAUGUCUUCACGUCCUUUCAUUGCGCCAAAUCUGGAACCCAGAAAGUCCAAGCAGAGACCAAGUGUGUGAACGGAAGAAGCGUGACUUUGAUCGACACCCCUGGUUUCUUUGACACAGAAAGGCCUGAGGAGCAGCUGAAGCCUGAGAUAGUGAGGUGUACCACAGAGUGCGCUCCUGGGCCCCACGUUUUUCUCAUUGUGCUGAAAGUGGACAGAUUCACACAUCAGGAGCAGGAUGUCAUCACUAAAAUACGUGAAUAUUUCUCAGACGAUGCUUUAAAUUACUCUGUCGUUGUCUUUACUCACGGUGACGACCUCCAGGAGGGAAUGACCAUUGAAGAGUUUGUCAGUCAGAAUAAGAAUCUGAGUGAUCUGGUGAAGAGGUGUGGUGGUCGGUGCCAUGUCUUUGAUAAUAAGCACUGGAACAACAAUCAGCAUAACGAUUACAGGAACAACCAGUUCCAGUUGGAGGCGUUACUUCAGACGGUAGACACAAUGGUGAUGGAAAACAAUGGAUCCUUCUACACCAACGACUUUUUACAGUAUGUAGAGGACAGAAUUGUUAAGUAUGAGGAGAACAUAAGAGAUGAUAGAGUUAACUCAACCCUACAGAUAAUCAGAGAAAAAGCUAAAUCGUUGGUGUUCAAUGAAGUUUUGAUCCAGCUGGCAGGGACUGCCACAGGAGCUUUGUUGGGGGCUUUGUUUGGUGUGCUGGCGUUGGUGAAAGCUGUUAUGAAACUUGUGAAGAACCCAUCUCAAAUAUUGAAAGUCAUUAAAAGCCUCCCCGGUGCUUCUGCUGCAGCACCUGCAGUAGUUGCAGCAGGAGGUGAGGUGGCCGUUUUAACCACUGGAGUGGUGGCAGGUGUAUCUAUAUUAACAGCAGCCGCAGCAGGAGGAGUAAUGGGAGGAUUGGCUGGAUGCCAAGCAGCUAAAGGAGCAACAACACCAGUGGAGGCAGCAAAGAGGGCUGCUGAGGCGGUCAUGGAGAAAAAAAAGACGUUUGAUAUAUAAGUACGCAACAGAUUACAUGCAGGUGACUUGUUGUUUGUAAAGAUUUGUGCCUCCUUUUGGAGCCAUUAGAUCAUCUUUAUACCUGUACAUAUCAAUGUAAGAUUAUUAAUUUACAUUUAAUUAAGGGCCAAAAGACAUUAAAAUUUCAUAUCUAGUAUGAAAUCCA